CACAGACGCCACGAAAAGCCGCCCGCUCCGGCCACUCCGCCGAGGAGAGGCGUCGGGCCAGCCCCAGAGCCAGGAGGGACCCCCGGCCCCGCAGCGCACCUGCCGAGGGUGGAUUCCUGCCCCUGGCGCUCGCUCGGAAAGGAGGCAGCUGCGGGAAGAUGUCGUACCAAGGCAAGAAGAACAUCCCCCGGAUCACGAGUGACCGGCUUCUAAUCAAAGGAGGAAAGAUCGUCAAUGAUGAUCAGUCAUUUUAUGCUGAUAUCUAUGUGGAAGACAGUUUGAUAAAGCAAAUUGGAGAAAACCUGAUAGUUCCUGGUGGCGUCAAAACUCUUGAUGCCUAUGGCCAGUUAGUUAUGCCAGGAGGAAUAGAUGUCCACACUAGACUACAAAUGCCUGUGAUGGGAAUGACCUCUGCUGAUGACUUCUAUCAAGGCACAAAAGCAGCCCUAGCAGGAGGAACCACCAUGAUACUUGACCAUGUAUUCCCUGACUCUGGAAUGAAUCUGCUUGCUGCAUAUGACCAAUGGAGAGAGUGUGCUGAUAACAAAGCCUGUUGUGAUUAUUCACUGCAUAUUGACAUCACACGCUGGCAUGAGAGCAUAAAAGAGGAACUGGAAGCUCUAGUGAAAGACAAAGGUGUGAACUCCUUUCUAGUUUUCAUGGCUUAUAAAGACAAGCUCCAGUGCACUGACGCCCAGAUGUAUGAAAUAUUCAGCAUUAUUCGCGACCUGGGUGCCAUUGCCCAAGUGCAUGCUGAAAAUGGAGACAUCAUUGACGAGGAGCAAAAGAGACUGUUGGAACUUGGAAUUACUGGGCCAGAGGGGCAUGUUCUUAGCCACCCAGAGGAGGUUGAAGCAGAGGCAGUGUACCGUGCAAUUACAAUAGCAAAACAAGCCAACUGCCCGUUGUAUGUCACAAAAGUAAUGAGCAAAGGUGCCGCAGAUGUGAUAGCUCAAGCAAAGCGAAAAGGCACAGUUGUGUAUGGAGAGCCAAUUACAGCGAGCCUUGGCACGGAUGGAUCACACUACUGGAGUAAGAAUUGGGCUAAAGCUGCAGCCUUUGUUACAUCCCCACCAAUUAGCCCUGACCCUACUACAUCCGAUUAUCUCACUUCUCUGUUAUCAUGUGGGGAUCUGCAGGUUGCAGGCAGUGCCCACUGCACAUUUACCACCGCACAGAAGGCAGUAGGAAAGGAUAACUUUACCCUUAUUCCAGAGGGAACAAAUGGCAUUGAAGAAAGAAUGUCAAUAAUUUGGGAGAAGUGUGUGGCCUCAGGGAAGAUGGAUGAGAAUGAUUUUGUAGCAGUGACCAGUACAAAUGCAGCCAAAAUCUUUAAUUUUUAUCCCAGAAAGGGACGAAUUGCUGUAGGUUCUGAUGCUGACCUAGUUAUAUGGAAUCCCAAGGCUACGAAAAUUGUCUCAGCAAAAACCCACCAUCUGAAUGUGGAAUAUAAUAUAUUUGAAGGAACAGAGUGCCGUGGUUCCCCUACUGUUGUUAUAAGUCAAGGAAAAGUUGUGCUGGAAGAUGGAAACCUCUUUGUCAUCCAAGGGUCUGGUCGCUUCGUUCCUAGAAAGACAUUCCCUGAUUUUGUUUAUAAAAGAAUAAAGGCAAGAAACAGGCUUGCUGAAAUUCAUGGUGUUCCCAGGGGGCUUUAUGAUGGGCCAGUUCAUGAUGUCAUAGUGACUGCUAAAGCUGCAGCCCCCACUCCUACUUCAAGGAUAGCUCCCUGCUCAGGCAAAAUACCAACUCUUCCUGUCCGUAAUCUGCAUCUGUCAGGAUUCAGCUUGUCUGGAUCUCAAACAGAUGACCAUAUUGCAAGACGCCCUGCUCAAAAAAUCAUCGCACCCCCUGGUGGACGUUCCAAUAUUACAUCUUUGUCAUAAUGAUUCCAAAUGUGAUGUAUUGUAUUCCUUGCCAAUCAGUCUUGGUUUCCACUGGAGCAGGUGAUCUGGAGAACUGCAUUUUUCAACAUCAGUUUCACAUUUACAGAAAAUGUAUCUUACAAGAUUGCCUUGUUUACACUCACCCAGAACACCUUGCUUUAUGAGGGGGGGAGGGAUAGCUCAGUGGUUUGAGCAUUGGCCUGCUAAACCCAGGGUUGAGAGUUCCCUCCUUGAGGGGACCAUUUACGGAUCUGGACCAAAAAUUGUGGAUUGGUCCUGCUUUGAGGAGGGGGUUGGACUAGAUGACUUUCUGAGAUCCCUUCCAACCCUGAUAUUCUAUGAUUUUUACGAGCUGUAAGCAACAGAAGUGCAGAUCUAAGUAGCAACCUUAACAAUUAAUUAUAAUGUGCAAGGGUCUUGGGUGGAGUGGACACCAGGACAUAUAAAAUUGAUCUGCCAUCAAGCUCAGGAUGAAAUUAGCCAUGCAUCAGUUUACCCACCCCCCAUCUUUCUCUGAGUGGAAAAUAGGCUAAAAAUACCCGAGAUAAUAGAACUCCCAUCAAGUAUUUUAAAUAUGUUUCUCUCUCAAAUAGAUAUUCAGCAGAUCUUUAACACGUGCAUGUAAACAAUAAGAAGUUCAUUUAAAAAUGUGUUCAGCAGUGCUGCUGGCUGUCUUGUAAUCAGGACAAAGCUGUAGACAUGUUUUGUGUUUAAUAGGUUCUUUGUUUCCUUUCCAAUAACAACUACUGCCCUUUGUACUCUAAGGAAUUUUAACUGGUAAACACUCAACUCUGUAUGUUUUUAAUACAGUUAGUUAUAUAUAUCUUGUGGUUGAAAUGAUCAAUAAUCAUCUAUUUAUACUAUCUCAUUGCGCAGGCCUUGAACAUGCCUUGGGAAUCAUUGUCACUCUGUACCAAUGUGACAGCAUGAAUAUAAGAAAUCGAAGUGUGGUCUGAAUGUUCAUGGAGUUAGUUGUCAUAGUGUCGAUAUAGGCAUACUAAUGCAUUGAGUUUUUUGGUUUUUUUUCAUAGUUGUAUUUCUGGAACACAGAGAUGACAGUGGAAGUUCCAGUGUAUUUUAGUCUUUUUGUUAGACUUGUUUUUUAAAGAUUAUUUAUACAAUUUUCCAAGUACCAAGCAGAGGCACUUUCGAAGGCCAGUUGCAUCUGAUGGACUCUUUUAUAAAGCUUAAUACAACAGGUUUAUUAUAUUUAAAGCUAUGUACAGUAAAGGUGAUCUUAUAUGCAGUAUUAUUCCAUAAAACUAUGCAUGUAAUGUCAACAAAAUCACUAUUUUGUUUUUUGUUCAUUGCUUUCAAUAA